AUAGUGACUUUCUUCUUUGGUUCUCUCUUUUUUCACUUUCUCUUCAACCGUCACAUAGCCACCGGCGACGUCGGAGACUCUCCGGAGAAUUGGAUACUGUACAGGUGGGCUUCCUCGAGGAAGAUGAAGAUCUUUGUGAAGACUCUCAAGGGUACUCACUUCGAGGUCGAAGUGAAACCCGAUGACACGAUUGCUGAUGUCAAGCAAAAUAUAGAGGCUCUACAGGGCUCUGUGGUUUACCCGGCGUCACAACAGAUGCUUAUUCAUCAGGGGAAAGUUCUCAAGGACGCCACAACACUUGAGGAAAAUAAAGUUGCGGAGAAUAGUUUUGUUGUCAUCAUGUUAACCAAGAGUAAGGUCUCGUCAAGUGGAGCCUCAAGUACAACAAGUGUGCCCACGAGCCAAGCGCAACCUGUUAGUUUGCCUCCUACCUCGAUACAACCAGCACCACCAUCUCAACCUCCUCCCUCAACUCCAGCACCAAUGCAGACUGCCCCUGAAAACACUCCUCUUGUUGUCGCUCCUGCUUCUUCCGAAUCAGAUGUCUAUGGACAAGCAGCAUCAAAUCUUGUUGCUGGAAAUAAUUUAGAGGCUACUGUUCAGCAGAUUCUGGAUAUGGGUGGAGGAAGUUGGGAUCGGGACACCGUUGUCCGUGCUUUACGUGCUGCUUUUAACAACCCUGAAAGAGCUGUUGAAUAUCUAUAUUCUGGAAUUCCUGAGCAAGCUGAUGUUCCUGCGGUUGCUCAAGUUCCUUCAAGCGGGCAGGCUGUAAACACUCCUGCCCAGGCUCCACAACCGGCAGCACCUACCAGUGGGCCCAAUGCAAACCCCCUAGAUCUGUUCCCACAGGGUCUUCCCACUAUGGGUACAAAUGCCGGUGCAGGAACCUUGGACUUCUUGCGAAACAGUCAACAGUUCCAAGCCUUGCGACUUAUGGUGCAAGCAAACCCCCAAAUAUUGCAGCCUAUGCUCCAGGAACUUGGAAAGCAAAAUCCGCAACUAAUGCGCCUGAUUCAAGAGCAUCAGGCUGAUUUCUUACGCCUGAUAAAUGAACCAGUUGAAGGAGAAGGGAACCUACUGGCUCAGGGGGCUUCAGCAAUGCCACAGGCUGUGACUGUCACCCCUGAGGAGCGUCAGGCCAUUGAACGUCUUGAAGCUAUGGGAUUUGACCGGGCCCUAGUAUUGGAGGUAUUCUUUGCAUGCAACAAGAAUGAGGAGCUGGCGGCCAACUAUCUUUUAGAUCAUAUGCAUGAGUUUGAGGACUGAUCGAAGUGGUCAUCAUUUCUUACUUAUUUACUCUUUUUUCUGUUUAUGUCAAGACUUCUCUGCCUUGUUGGUCAUUUUGGUUUGUCUUUAGUGUCUUUAUCCACUCAUUUGUCCUGUGGAGUCUUAGGAACAGAGAUGCUGUCAGGAUGUUUAUUCUCCCCCCCUAUUCAUCCUUUGUAUUCCUUAGCAUUUCCAAAUUUCUGUUCUAAAUAUUGGUUACAUGCCUUAUACACAUAAUUUUAUUAAUUUUGCGCUG